CGAAGCAGACAGCUGUAACCAACCUCAGCUGAGCUGAACAUUUGUCAACAAUAGUUUAAUUUGACCAAACGUUACCUGGUAUAAGAUACUUUUACCGAAUACAAUUCGGCCUUUGUGUAUUUUUCAAGCUGCCGUCAUUAGCAUUUUAGAACAUUGUCAAAAUGAAUGUAACACUUGCUGUCAAGCAGUAUAUCUCCAAAAUGAUAGAAAACAGCGGACCAGGGAUGAAGGUUCUGCUCAUGGAUAAAGAGACGACCAGCAUCGUCAGUGUGGUCUACACUCAAUCUGAGAUCCUACAGAAGGAGGUCUACCUGUUCGAAAGAAUCGACUCACAGAAUCGAGACAACAUGAAGCACCUCAAAGCCAUCUGCUUCCUCAGGCCAACCAAGGAGAAUGUGGAAAAUCUGAUACAGGAGCUCCGGCGACCCAAGUACAGUGUCUACUUCAUCUACUUCAGCAACGUCAUCAGUAAGAGUGAGAUAAAAGCCCUGGCCGAGGCGGAUGAACAGGAGGUGGUCGCAGAAGUGCAGGAGUUCUAUGGAGACUUUAUUGCUGUGAACCCACACCUUUUCUCCCUCAACCUCAGUGGUGUGGCAAGGGGUCGUAGCUGGGAGCCAACUCUCCUGCCACGUACCACCCAGGGUCUGACCUCUGUGCUGCUGGCCCUGAAGAAAUGUCCCAUGAUCCGCUACCAGCUGUCCUCAGACAUGGCCAAGCGACUGGGAGAGAGCGUGAAGGUGACUAAUAUCACAUGCACACCUAUCACACGCGCACACACACAUGCGCAAUCUCACUACCCAUCUCCUCCCUCAGCAAAUCAUCACCAAGGAGUAUGAGCUGUUUGACUUCAGGAAGACAGAGGUGCCUCCUCUCCUGCUCAUCUUGGACCGCAGCGAUGACGCCAUCACCCCACUACUCAACCAGUGGACAUACCAGGCCAUGGUGCACGAGCUGCUUGGCCUCAACAACAACCGCAUUGACCUAUCCAGAGUCCCAGGGAUCAGCAAGGAACUGAAGGAGGUGGUGCUGUCUGCAGAGAACGAUGAGUUCUAUGCCAAUAAUCUGUACCUGAACUUUGGAGAGAUUGGCACAAACAUCAAGAACCUGAUGGAGGACUUUCAGAAGAAGAAGCCCAAGGAGCAACAGAAGCUGGAGUCCAUCUCUGAUAUGAAGGCGUUUGUAGACAACUACCCCCAGUUCAAAAAGAUGUCGGGCACAGUGUCGAAGCACGUGACUGUGGUGGGCGAGCUGUCUCGCCUGGUGAGCGAGAGGCACCUGAUGGAGGUGUCAGAGCUGGAGCAGGAGCUGGCCUGCCAGAAUGACCACUCAAGCGCAUCACAGAACGUGCGUCGGCUGCUGCAGAACCCGCGGGUGAGCGAGAUGGACGCGGUACGCCUGGUGAUGCUGUACGCACUGCGCUACGAGAGACACAGCAGCAGCAUCCUGCCGGGCCUCAUGGAGGAGCUCAACAGGAAGGGCGUGUCAGAGAGGCAUUGCAGGAUGGUAACGUCCAUGGUGGAGUAUGGAGGGAAGAGGGUGAGAGGAAGUGACCUUGUCAACCCCCAAGAUGCAGUCGCCAUCACCAAACAGUUCUUCAAGGGGCUGAAGGGAGUUGAGAAUGUGUACACGCAGCAUGCACCGUUACUGCAGGAGACCUUGGACCAGCUGAUUAAGGGGAGGCUGAAGGACAGUCAGUUCCCCUACUUAGGACCCAGCUCCCUUAGAGACAGGCCACAGGAUAUCAUAGUCUUCAUCAUCGGAGGGGCCACCUAUGAGGAGGCACUGGCGAUCUAUAACCUGAACCGCACCGUGCCUGGGGUUCGGAUCGUACUGGGCGGUACCACCAUCCACAACACCAAGAGCUUCCUGGAGGAGGUGACAUUGACGAAAGGUGCAGGCCAGGCCGAGAGGGUGCAGAGGGCGGGUGGUCAUCCAAACAGACGCUGAAUGUUUGUCGUCACCCCCCCCCACGAUAUCUUGUGUCCGUUCCUUAUUGGUAUCACUAGCCCAUGCUUUAAUUCAUGAAGGCGUCCCACUAAACAUUCCAGUGUGCUCAGCUGUCACCACUACACUGCUGGACUCUUUAUCAACCCCUUAAAAACUUGUAACUGGGCCAAUUACCUCCAACCAAAUGAACAUGUAACCCAAUUAGACAGCCAGGUUACCUAACCCUGGGUACUAAAACGAUCUGUUCCACACGUAGCUAGGUUACCCAGUGGCUGACUUGUGACUGAACGGAACACUCUCAAUGUUAGUGUCUAACAUUUCAACCUAUUGCAAUGUCACAUUUCCUCUUAAAUUAAAGUUGAAAACUCCAGUCUUAUAUUAGACCCUUAUUUAAUAACUGAGAACAGAAGUGACACGACUUUUUAGUCUUGUUUAUCUUAAAAGUGAAUAAAUGGGCCCACAAAUGUCAACCAUUUCUCUCUAAGAUUACAAUAUGUACGGUGUAUGUUUUUCUUCCUUGCCUAUGUACAUUUCCACAUGCUAUGUACAUGUUGUCCAAACCUAUUGAUUUUGAAAUGACUGUGUGAAUAUUUUAAAGAAAAUACCAAUAAAGAGUGAAAUAUUGUGUGUCCCUCA